AUGGAUAGAGAUAUUGUAAAGGCUCAUUUAACUUACUUUACUAAUUAUUCCUAUUUUACUAAUGUUGAUAGGUGUUUCACUGCUGAUGAAGAGAUGGUUACACUUGUUCUUUCCAGAGAUGUUGAACAAUGGAAAUACAUUGAUGAGUCAUUGAAGAAUAAUGAAAAAUUCUUGGCUAAGAUUUUGACUAUUAUUCCUUCCAUUUACAAGUUUUUCCCUUUGAGCAAGCGAUGCAUUAAGGAAGUUGCCUUAAAAGCAAUGAAAUAUGGUAAAAACUUAUGCUUGGCAAGUGAAGCGCUCAAGAAUGAUAAGGAUGUUGUGAUGGAAGCUGUUUCAAAUUCAGGCCAGUCUAUUAGAUAUGCAUCGAAGGAACUGAGACAAGAUAAAAAAGUGAUUGAAGCAGCUUUGAAGAAUGACCCUUAUGGAGUAUCAUACAUCCUUUCAAAACUAACUGAAGAAGAAAGAUUGAUUGGAACAUGGAGAUUCCAAUUCAAGGUCGGUGAACAUUCCCAAUACAAUCACGAUCUCAUGAUUUUUGAUUUAGUUUUGAAUGCUGAUUAUUCAUACCUUUUAUUCAAUCAAGAUAUCUCUGAAGAUUACGAUGCUGGGUAUCCAAGAACAAGAGACAGAAAAACCACUGGUAAAUGGAAAAUUGGAAUCUAUAACAGUGUUGAUGCUCUCUAUUUGGAUGAAAAUGCUUUAAUGUCCAUUGCCAUGUUAAAUGAGUGUGCUAAUUAUCACAACAGAAAUUGUGAACAGUUUAAUGAAGAGGCUGAGAGGCAUACGUACUCUCAUGAUAGAAAGACUUUCUCAUUUGCAGAUGGUGUUUGGUCUGAAAGACUUUUUUAG